CAACGCUGAGGAACAAACAAAAAAAACAAAAGUUAACCAUCAAAACAAGUUACACUUCAUGAACUAAAGCUUUGACAUUAACUCAGUGAGCCACGAUCUGCAGAGCGGAGGUGGAGAAAUGGUCCAGUCUGAAGUGCCAGGAGCCUGAGCUCAUGCCAGAGGAGGUCCACAUGUUUGACCUGGGCUGCUUCCUGUCCGACAUCUCUGACACCCUGUUCACCAUUACCCAGAAGCCCUGCCCUGGAGCCAAGGACCGACACAACACCCUGCCCUGGAGCCAAGGACCGACACAACAGUGCGUACCACACCACAUGUUUGACCUGGGCUGCUUCCUGUCCGACAUCGCUGAUACCCUGUUCACCAUGACCCAGAAGCCCUGCCCUGGAGCCAAUGACCGACACAACAGUGAGUACCACACCACAUGUUUGACCUGGGCUGCUUCCUGUCCGACAUCUCUCACACCCUGUUCACCAUGACCCAGAAGCCCUGCCCUGGAGCCAAGGACCGACACAACAGUGAGUACCACACCACAUGUUUGACCUGGGCUGCUUCCUGUCAGACAUCUCUGACACCCUGUUCACCAUGACCCAAAAGCCCUGCCCUGGAGCCAAUGACCGACACAACACGUAUACCAGCAACGUUGACAAGAUCCAGCCAGGUCUCACCUCACUGCAGCCCAAUCUGGACGACUUCAUGGAUAUCCCAGUGUGUUCCAGCUGCAGCUGCCCGUCACCUGCCAACGCUUUGACCACAUGAGGGAGAAGUUCAGAGAGUACGACCGGGCAUGGACUCUACAGAACUGGUGGUUCUGGAUCGUAACACACCUCCAGCUGGUCAUAUAGCCCCUCACUGAGUGGGACUAUUAUACACCUCCAGGCUGUGUAAAGGGCUAUAUGACCAAGGAGAGUGAUGGAGUGCUGCAUUAGAUUACCUGGCCUCCACAAUCACCUGACCUCAACCCAGUUCAGAUGGUUUGGUAUGAGUUGGACCGCAGAGUGAAGGAAAAGCAGCCAACUAGUGCUCAGCAUAUGUGGGAAUUCCUUCAAGACUGUUGAAAAAGCAUUCAAGGUGAAGUUGUUUGAGAGAAUGCCAAGAGUGUGCAAAGCUGUCGUCAAGGCAAAAGGUGGCUACUUUGAAGAAUCUAAAAUAUAACAUAUUUUGAUUUGUUUAUCACUUUUUUGUUUACUACAUGAUUCCACAUGCGUUAAUCCAUCAUUUUGAUGUCUUCACUAUUAUUCUACAAUGUAGAAAAUAGUACAAAUAUAAUAAAAAUCCUUAGUAGGUUCAAA